CAAGCAACCCGGUGCGCAGGGAAGAAAAACAACAAAUACAUAACAAUCUGUGCUGUUCUCCUCUCGAUUCUAAGUUGCGCUUUUUGCAAUGAAUAAACUUGUGUCCACAGUUCUUCGCGCGGUUCCUUUGUAUCGCACUCUACCGAGUGCGCAAUCUUUUCACGUUCUUGGCAAACAGUACAGUUACAAAAGUGAUCUUGCGCUUGAAACCAUCUAUCCCAAUAGCAGCCUUCGAUUGUACACGCCACCGCCGCCUGCACCCAAACCAGACGGUACAUUUAAUGGAUACAUCCCCCUCGACAAGGUAAACAUCUCGUAUAGUCGUAGCAGUGGCCCCGGUGGACAAAAUGUGAAUACAGUCAGCACAAAAGUGGAUCUACGAUUUCACCUAGAAACAGCAACAUGGUUGUCGGAGAAUGCUCGCAAUCGGAUGGCUCAGUUGCAAAAGGGAAGAAUCACCAAGGAUGGAUAUCUUGUGAUCAAAAGCGAACUGACCAGAUCCCAGCAGAUGAAUACGGCGGAUGCGUUGGAAAAGCUUCGCGCCUUUAUACGACAAGCGGAGCAGCCGAUCACCACAGAACCAUCAGCAGAAACGGUAGAAAGAAUGCGACGAAGACACGAGAAAGCAGCCCGCGAACGAUUGGCUAUGAAGCGAAAACGCUCCGAGACGAAAUCUCAGCGUCAAGCGCCUUUGUAGAACCAUUCAUUAAGAAGGCAUGUAGUAAUAUAUCGUGUUAAAUUCUUCA